UUCCUCCCAGUGCCUCCCAGUUCGUCCCAGUUCGUCCCAGUUCGUCCCAGUUCGCGAUGCUGCCGCUGCUGCUGGCGGCGCUCGGAGCCCCCGGGGCGGCCCCGUUCGUGCUGCAGGUGGCCUCCAGCUGCUGGUUGGCCACCGACGGUUCCUUGGUGGCCACCAACGGCUCGCAGGACGUGGAGGUGGCGCUGUCCCGGAUGCCGCUGGUCUGCGGGGACCUGCGGGGACCCCGCGGUGGCCCGUGCCAGCAGGGGGGACUCUUGGGGACACUUGGGGACACGGUGGCGCAGGCGCUGGCCCAGGACAGCCGGUGGGGACAGCGGCUGCGGCAGCGGCGGCGCCUCUGCCAGGAGCUGCCCAAGAUGGUGUGGCCACCACUGAGAGCGCCACCACGGCUGCGCAUCGUCCCCGAGCGCUGGGGAACCGCGCUGGCCCUGACGUGUUACGCCUGGGCCUUCUCCCCUGCCGACAUCACCCUGACGUGGCUCCGCAACGGCGUCGUCCCCGAUGCCACCACCGGUGACAUCAUCGGUGACAUCAUCGGUGGCACCGUCGGGGACACUUCGAGACAAUCGCGGGCGCUGCCGGUGGGGGACGGAACGUUCCGGGCGCAGGUGACGAUCCAGGUGCCACCGGGGACAUCUGGGGACACUUUCGAGUGCCUGGCGCUGCACCCCGGCCUGGAGGAGCCGCUCCGGGUCACGUGGGCUCCGGGCCCGUCGCGGCGUCUCUCGCUCUUGGUGGCGUUUUCGGUUCUGUCGCUGCUCCUGGGGCUGCUCCUGCUCCUCCUCGGCCUCCGACGCUUCCUGCGCCCAGGUUACUCCCCGCUCCCCGGUGCCACCCACGCAGGUUACUCCCCCCUCCCUGGUGACACCUACACAGGCAGCAUCUGAGGAUCUUCCCAGGAUGAUGACGGCGACGAGGCCCAAAAAACCCGAAAAUCACCCCAAAAAUCUGCCCCAAAACCCCCCCCAGAAUCCCCAAAUCUCCCUCUAAAAUCCCCCAAAUCCCACCCAAAAAUCCACCCCAAAAUC